GCCCUUCCGCUCUAUCGUCGGCGACGGGUCCUCCUGGCCGCCGUCUUCUCUACGGUGGCAGCCCCGCACGGCCGGCAGCCGCGGAGAGAAACGGAGAGAGAGAGGAUCCCCCCGCUCCCCCGACACACGUACGCACAGCGCGCUAUGCCGAGCGCCCGGUCCUCGCCGCCCUCAGCGGGCGCCUGAGCCGCAGCCGAGACGAGGAGCCUACCCUAUGUAAAUAUACCAAGUCUUGCAUGCAUAGAGGACUACGUGACUACCUCUUUCUGACCUGGUCGUCAUCCUUGAAAAAACACUGAAUCCUUAGGAAAAUGGUCUAAAAAUAUCUGAAAGGGGAUUAAGUGGUUCAACAAGUAACGCUCUGAUGGACGACAGAGAAUUUCCACCUAAUGAUCUACAAAUAAUCUCAAAGGACAGUCUUCCUGCUGACUAUAGGGCCGAACGUUUGACCUCUCAUUUGGUUUCUUCAGCUGACGAAAAUGAAAAUCAACUUGACAACGACGGGAAUGAUGUUUUGACCAGUAGUAGAAUUGCUAUGGGAAGACAGGAUGAAGGUGAGCAGGACAGCAUCAAUAAUAAUGAGAAUAUGGACAGUGGAGACUGUACCCCAGGCUAUAAGGAAAGUGAGACUGAGAGGAGAUCUGUGAAUGUCCAUAUGGACCCUCAGCUGGAGGAAAAGCCUAUUACAGAAAAACAGCCAGGUGGAAAAAGAAGUCCAAGAAGCAAAAGAAGCUCCAGUAAAAAAUCUAAAGGAGUUCCUUCAGUGGGAACCACAGCAAUCAAGGAGGAAAAUACUCUUGUUACACAUACAGAUUCUGUGCAUUCUGAAGGUGCUGUUGAAGCAACUGAAAAUUCUCACCAAAAAGAACAAAAACAAACGUUGCAGUCCCUUUUCUCUUUGCUCCGUGAAGAGGUUGAGCAGAUGGAUUCAAAGACACUGCCCCUGUGUCUCCAUCAGAUAGCUGAGACCUAUUUUCAAGAGGAGGAAUAUGAGAAGGCAAUGAAGUUCAUUCAGCUUGAACGAUUGUAUCACGAGCAACUGCUUGCAAAUCUGUCUUCCAUACAGGAGCAAUGGGAAAGAAAAUGGAAAGCAGCAGUUUCUAGUCCAGUUAGAACACUGAGGAAUUCAGCUAAAGAACUGAGUAGUGAAGAGUUGGAAAAGCUUACUAAAGUUUGUUCUUCACAUCAACAGCCACAGGCACCCAAAAAUAAGCCAGUGGUUGCAGAAAAUACAUCGGAAAGCGGUUGUUUGCUCAAGUUAAUUGGAUCAGAGAAUGUAAAGGAAAGAGAAGCUGCUGCUUUCAAAUCAGGUACUGAAACUUGUCCUGGCAUCCGACCAAAGAAAGAAGAUCAACAGCCGAGCACCCGUCCUAGCGAUGAAAAGCAAACUGAGGAGCAGAAGGAGGCAGUGAGCCUUUCGGUAGCUGCAGGAAAGGACCACAUGGAGGAGCAGCACCGCAGUGCAGAAUCAGCACUGGAGCCACACACCCAGUCCACAGGGACAGUGGGCAGGCCUUCUCCAGGCUGUUUAUCAUCAGGGGAUGCCGGCAAAGAUAACAGUUUGCUGCUGAGAGAAAGGCAGAUCUCUAAGGAUGCGGAAAAAAUAGAAGAGACAGCUGGGGAACCCGGAGUGAAAUUCUCUCCUGGGCCAAUGGUAGAUGCCUUGGUUUUAACAGAUGCUGAUUAUAUGCCUGCUGAUUUGGUUUCUACCGAUAAAGAUGCACAAGCUGAUAAAAAUCUUCUCAGAUCAAAACUUGUUGCUAGCUCUUCAGAAAUUGCUACUGGCCAGCUCGGAAAUAGCGAUUUAAACCAGCAACAGAAACGGCCUGAUGAUGGCGAUGAUGAAGAAUCUCCCCCAGACAGAACUGCUUCAAGUACAUGCUCUGAAAGUAGUAAAGUAUCUGAGCAUGAGAGUACUGCCCGUUCACGAGUAUGCAAGGAACUGCAGAGAGCAGCAGGACAGGAGGAGAAGGUAAAAAGUGAAGAACGAGAAGAUGUGUAUCUCAGAUUUUUAAAUGGCAACAUAAUAGACACUGAAGAAUCGUUUGCAAACUUAGCAAAUCAAGAAGAAUUUGACACUGUCCCAGAUAUUUCACCUGAACGAGCAUCUUACAACUCACUGGAAGCUUUAUCACUAGAUGACAGCUUUUCUUCUCUUGAUGAACUUGCAAGAAGGAUAGAGAUUGCUGAGAUUGCCCCAGCAGAAGGAUUGGUGUCUAUACUAAAGAAGAGAGAUGACAGGGAUGGAAAAACAGUUGCCCAAGUCCAGCAAAGGCAAACAAAGAGAAGAGUCCGCUUCCAAGAAAUGGAAGACACUUUCGAUCAAGAUGAAGUAGCUGGUGGCUCCUGUAUUUUGCUGGUCCUGCUGUGCAUAGCAACCGUUUUCCUUAGCAUCGGAGGAACUGCGUUGUACUGCACCUUUGGUGACAUGGAAUCCCCUGUGUGUACAGAAUUUGCAGCCAACAUGGAUUUCUAUUAUACCCAGAUAUUGCAGCGUGUGGAAGAACUUAAGCACUGGAUUGCCUUCUCGUAGCUGAAAUAGACUGAGACAGCACACUGAGCUCACCACUGGUUACUGGAGAGGCUAUUAAAGAAACCUGUGAUUUCAAGUUCUUUGUAACACUUGCCACCUGCGGGUGAUGUGCAUUUGAUGAUGUACUUAGACUUUUACUUAGAAAUUGAGAAAAAUUCCCUUUUAGCUAUCAGGUGGCAAACUGUUGACAUCUUAAGCCGUAGCAGUGUGGUAUGGGAGAAUAACAAGUCAUUCUCUACAUCCUUUUAAGAUUAGACAAGCAGCUUUUCAACAGCUUGAGCAACUGAAGAAGAAGAAAAGAAAAUUAACUGUCUUCUAUACGCUCUCCCGUUGCCACACAUUGUGUAAGCAAUCUCUGAAAGCUUAGUUAAAGAACAGCUCUGAUUUACAGCUGUUUGUGCAAAGGUGUUGCCUCCAGCUAUCAUGCAAUAAGUCUGUGUUUUAUGAAAACAUUAUUUUUCUUCUAAGUCUUACUAUUUUUCUCCAUUUUAAUUCUCCCGGUGAGCCAUGUAAUAAUUUGCUUGGAGUGAGAAGAGUGCAGCAACAUUUAUGGAGCCCCCAUUCAGUGAUAACAGGCCGACCCGCACCUUACACCGUAUGGGGAACAUCACGUGUGGGAUAAAUCUGCUGGCAGAUUUCACAGUGUUUCCUGGAACUUUACUCCCAGUGUUGUGCGGGCUGCUGUAGAAAGAGGAGGAUAAAAGAGAAAUCAUUGGUCUCACUAAAUGCAGAAAAAGGAGCAAGAUGUUCAGUAAAUUAUUCACAUUAAUAGCAGAGUGGCUUUGGCCAAUUUUAAAGCACCUGGUUGUAGGUGUCAGGCUAGCUGGGAUUUCUGUCCAGCUACGUCACUGACUUACAGUAAUCACUUUGUGCCUCGGUUUCUCCUCCAUAAAUGGGGAAUAACGAUCCUUGCCUUUGUCUGUGAACAUUUAUUGCAAUUAGGGCUCAUGUCUGAUUCCCUACACCCCGGAGGAGCGCACAGGAUCGCUGGACUGUGUGGCUGCAGCCUCUCACCCAGUGAGUACUUAACGUACAGUGGAACUGAUCCGACAGAAGAUGUUCAGAGGCUUGCUGCAGAUCCACAGCCUCUCGAUAGUCCAGGGCGCUUGUUCCAACAGAUAAAGCACAUUUGCAUCUAUUUACCCUCCAGUUCUGAGACUUCUAAAAUCUGCUCUCUUUUUCUACCAGCUCUACAAAUUUAAAUCAGUAAAAAGAGUCCUUUUAAAUGGCUGCUUCUAUCACCUGGUGCUCAGCCCUUCCUGGGUGGUGAAUGAGAGAGACGCUGACGUGACGGUGAAGGUCAGAACUGGCAACGUAGGCCGUUGGUCCGUGCUGCAGUCCGAACACAGCAGCUGUCCUGGCACAGAGCCCGUUGGCCUGGCCCUGCUGCAGGCCUUGUGUGAGACGAGUCCUUCGCGCCUCAGGAAACAGCAGUUUUCAGGGGGUCCGCUUCACUCCGCUCCAUGGUUUCCAGCUUACUAACGUAUGAUGCAGCACCUUCAGGUUGAGAUUAUUUUGUAUACUACUACAAAGUGAAAUCCUCGAGGCAUAGCUCAGAGUUUUAACAUUAAAUGAUCAUGCUUUCUGGCAUUUGCAAGCCAAUUGUCCCUCUACUAGCGAGCUUGGUUGUCCCUAAAUGCUCUGUUAUACUGAACGGGAUUUUAAAGCAGAAGUUAAAACCAUACUUUUUCUGAAACAAACUGCACAUCUGAUUUCUUUUUCAGUUCUCACUGCCGAGGCUCAGUUGAUACCUUAGGAAGCCUCAUGUGCAGCUCUUUAUUAAGCAGUAAAUUUAAAAUGCCCCAAUUAAUGACAACAUUUGUUUUCAGAACGAAGCUUAAGAACAGUAGUUUGGUGUAUUUUCUGCUGGUUGUCCGCAGAGCAUUGUAAAGCUGGACUGAUCUAGGGGAGAAAGGGAGAGAUGCUUUUGUAUUUUAAAGAGUUACUGGCUGGUUCAGUUUAUUAUUUUAAGUCCUGGUUUAUGUAUUUAUUUAGUUUUUAUUUUAUAGAAAAUCUUAAUUUUCUUCUUUUUGGGUAAUUUGCUCACAGAGUAAUUAAAAAGCAUGCAUUCACUUAAAAUAUAUAUUUAUAGUGAUUGUGUAGUUAGAAUAUAUUUUGCAUUUCUGUAACUUCGCGUUGAGUGUUUCAGGAUAUUACGUUUAUUUCUAAAAGACAACUGUUGAUUUCAGCUUAAAAAUCUCUUUAAGUUUUCGUGCACUUCCUCACCAAAAAGAUCAAGAGGUAUAUAUAGAACUAUUUAUUCAAAGGUAUAUCAGAUAUGAAGAUCAAAGAUCUUCUACUUCUAGGUUCGUUUAAUUAGAACUAUUUAAAAAUAAUUAUUUUAUUUAAAACGGUAAAGCUAUUUAAAGUCAAAGCAAUUUUUGAUAAGCAGUUCAGAGAAAAUCUGUGGUCUGAAUCCUGGCGUGGCAGCUUUGUGUUGUGUUCCCAGUGCAGAGUCUCACUAAUAUCAGCAGAACUGCCAAUGAGAAGAUCACGGAGAGGUAGGGCACCACUUCACCUGCACACAACGGAGGAAGAAUGAGCGGCCAGGUGUUCUGUGUAGCCCAGCUGCCUUGUAUUUGAGCUGCAGUGUGAGCAUCUCUGCAGCCUCCCAGCCUGUACCCAGGUGCCACUGCUGCGGGAUCUCUCAGGAUCUGGGGGAGCAGAUGGGGCACACACACAUGGGCUGCCCAGUUCCUCUUCUGAGCUGUUGCAACCAAGUGCUUGAGUCUGGAUCUGAUUUCUGUUGGCAUUCGUUUGUGAGAAGAUGAUGGCACUAAUUCUUGCUUUGCCUGACAAUUGUCAGUACGGUUUGCAUGGUCAGCACUACGUUAUCAGACUUGUGGUGACCAACCAUAAAGAAAUGUGCUUUGUUUGAAAUCCAGAGAGUGUUCAGGUUGGCCAGGUGUUAGCUGUCCUGUGCAUUCUGUUCCCUUUUGAUUGCUGGUGGCAUUGCUUCCACCUGGAUGGCCCCAGUGGUCAGAAUCUUGGUCAGGGAAAUCUAAGCUAAAAGGGGAUUUGAACAGUUAUCCUCAUCUGAGGAAUUUGUGGUCAAGUAAUGCUGAGCAACAGCUAAGACUGUUAUAAGUAGGAAGAAGAGAGCAGAGGCUUUUUCCUUCCCUUUUGUACAUUGUAAAGCCCUUUGCAUUUAAGUUUUCAUUGACUCUUUCCUUCCCUGCCACUGGAUAGAUGGUUAUUCUGCUUGGCAGUAGAGGAAACAGACCACUAUAAAACCAUUUGUAGUCAAUAGGAAAAUUCAGGGAACGGUUCAGUACAUGAUAGUAGUUAAAACUCAUUUCUUGAAAGAUGACUGGAUGUCAGGUUGAUUGUUUGCCUUCAAAGGUGAAAGCUGUGGCCACUUACCACCUGCCGCACUCCAUCAGAAACCCCAUCUUCCAGUUUAUCCUCUCAGUGUAGUGAUUUUAGAGAGGUUCUUGCAAUAGAUCAAAACCAACAAGGCUCUCAAUGUGCAUUCAACACACAGAGCCUAGAAGAGCUUUCUGAUGGCAUAAUUACACCUUCACCCCAAGCAACGUGAAGUACACCAGGAAGAGCGCUGUGCCGUAGCAUAGCUGUGCUGUACCCCAGUCUGGUUCCAAGCAGUGUCAGUGAGGAAGCAUUUUCCACAGCCCAGAUAUGCCAGCAGAGAUUUGCAAUCUAGAUGCGGCUCAUGUUUUAAAAUGUUUUUCUACUAUUUUGCUUUCAUACUUGGAAAAUGCGUAGUGCUGGUGGCACACUGUGGGAAGUAGUCUGACCAAAGGGGAAACUCUUGUUUAAGGAUUUCUGUGGGUAAAGGGCAAGCUUGAAAUAUUGAAUGAGUGAAGUAGGUCAGAAGUCCAAAUUCUUGUGUGAUUGCACUUGAUAACCAAAGGGGAUGCUACCCUCCCAGGAAAAUAUGUUUGCCUAUUUCGUACCAUACUGUAAAGCCAAGAUCAUCUGAAAGGACUAAUAACCAUUUGUAACAAAUUUAGCUUCCUUUAGCAAAAGGAGUAAAUAAUUGUGUUUGAAACCAUCACCCAAGCUUGUAAUUUAAAUACUGUAGCAAAAAAAAAAAAUAAAAAGUGUCUCCCAAAGAAAAUAUAUGAA